GAGUCGCAGCCAAUUUGCAGACUCGCAAAAUUUCUUCCGGUUCAGAAGUGUCCAGAUCUUGCUCCGCCUGGCCACGCCUUGCAACGCCUCCUCACGCCUUUCCCGCGCUAAACGUGCAACUCGAGAAACAGCCGACCGCCUCGGGCGAUUUCCUGCCGCCUCGCUUCGACGCGCUCGCCGACGCGCGCGAAGGCAUCCUUUGAAAACACUGGUUGUAACCCAUAACAGAGCUUUUAUCUAAAUGUCAACUGGAGACAUGAGUGAUUUCUCAAGGGAAGCAACUGAUCUGACAAGAGAUGGCGAGACACAGCUGCCGCUGCAGGCGGACAUGUCAAUAGAAGAAGAUUGGGAAGCUAUUGCAGACCGCGAACCUGAUGAAUUACUCUCCUCACAAGUCUUGCCUGAAGUAUCAAAACUUUCUUUGGAAGAUACCAAAGUUCAAACCCCUAAGCGACGUGGAAGAGGAACAUUUUCAUAUAAGAAAGAUGAACUUUACAGUGAUCAGAUACCUGAUAAGUUAAUUAUUGAUAUGCGAGAGGAUGAAGAUGGGUGCCAUAAUUUAGAGGGAGAUCCAAAAAUAAGAAAUUCAAAAUUUGGCACACAACAUGUUCUUGUUCUGGCUGACUUUCCACCAAGUACCACGACAAUAGAGUUGGAGAAGCUUUUUCAGGACUUCGGAGAUCGUGGAGUUGUUAUUCGCUGGGUCAAUGAUACGGUUGCUCUAGCAGUUUUCCAAACACCAUCAAUUGCACUUGAAGCUCGUAACUGCAUUCGAUGUGCAAUGAAAGUGCGAGUGCUUGACGAGAAUGAUACCCUUUUGAGCUCAAUUUCACCCAAAGAUUUGGAACCGCCACGGCAAAGGCCACAGACAUCAGUAAGAACUGCCCAGAGGCUCAUUGCGCAUGGAAUGGGAAUGAAACUGCCUUCCACAGCCUUUGGGUCUGUGGAUUUGAAGAAACAGGAAGAUGAUCGAAAAAGCCGCAUCGUCAUGAGGCAAAAGUUGAAAGAUGAUGCUUGGGGUACAGAUGAAAAUUAAGAUUUUUUCAUUAUGGUAAUUGCCUAUUCCAUUUCUUUCCUCCCUCGGUAAUUUUAAAAGGUCUCUGUAUUCGGCCUUUUAAGCACAUAUGAUCAAUUUCAAUGCUAGAAAAAUGUGAGUUGCUUGGUUAUUUGCCUUGAGCAACUAAAUAGAUAUUUAUUAGAUGUGUAGGGUUUAGGAUGCUUGGUGGACUUAACGUGAGCAUAGCAUCUCGACCUUUGGAUCUAAUAUAGAUUUAUGAAAAUUGGUCGCGUGCAUCUCUACUAUGUAAAUGUUUGGUUGUAAUUAACAGUUUAAUAACAUUCUCUAGUAA